AGAAAAAACGCCCGCAAAUCUCUCUGUAAAGAAAAGCCAAAGACUAACCCAACACAACCGUUAAGGACAAAAGACAAGGACAAAAGACAAGGACAAAUGGUCGUCGAUAUCCCUUUCUCAGUUGUACGUAAACUGCUCUUUUUCACUGUGGCGAUGGUGUUCUUCCCAUUGAUCACAUUCUUCACCACACAGUACUUGUUUGAUCACAAUGCUCUUUUAUCAGGUGGAUUGGCUGCUUUGGCUGCUAACCUCGUCCUCGUCGGUUAUCUCAUUGCCGCAUUCUCAGAGGAUGUGCCCUUGGAGCCUACAAAGAAGGAAGACGAGGUCAAAUUGGACUAGUCUCAUUUCUACAUUUUGUAUAGAUAAAGAUAUAUAAUGGUACAGAAACAAAAAUCCAACGUGUAUUAAUGAAUGGCAAAA